UUUAUCAGCAGUACCACACGGAACACGUGGGUAUAUUUUUACGAGUGUGAGUUUCUCGGCACUGACUAAAACGCGACUCCAAGAGAGAGUAGUGUGAAAGGUUAGCCGCACUAGCGUUAGCCGGGUUAGCUUGAGCGCAACAUUCAAACUUUGGAAGUUUUUACGUUGCAGUCUCGUUAACGCGCAACUCGUCGCCAAUACGUGGACAGCACUAAAUCAAACCGAGCACAGCAAUGGGGUGUUUUGAAAUGUGCCUUGAUGGGCUGAACGGCAUCUUGGCUGAGCUUGCGUGGGCAAAAGGAAUGCAAGUGGUGCUGGGAGAAGAGGGGAAAAAAUUGCUAUGCUCCUCCUCCUCGUCAGACAUUCGGAAAAUCCACAUAUUUAACUAGAUAUUGAUUACAAUUGAAACGGUUGAUCAACUUUUGAAAUUGAUGCCUUCAACACAUCACUUAGUUGUGUAUAAAUCCUUACCUCAGCAUUUCAGUAGAUCUGACAUGACUAAUCCCCCUUCAGACUUUGCAACGGAUCGGGAUGAAUUCCUCUCUAACUAAGAGUACCGAUUUUUAUAUAUUUGAACAGUAUCAACACCAACUGAGUAUUAUAUUUUAUAUCCUCAGCAGCAACGAUGGGACUGAAGAGGAAUUUUGAAGUCAACUUUGGUACACUUCAUGACGUCCAUUUGAAUUACGAGGGCAAAUUGUCAUCUUGAAUAUUUCUGUUUUAACCCACCCCAACCACAUAAGCCAAGUUUCAUCACUGCCAGAUGUUGCUACAUCCAAUUUAACGCAUGACCAUGGACCACGGAGAGGUACCGCCGGAGCUUGACCAAAUUUCUGCAUGGCUCCAGGGUGAUGGUUUGCCUCCAGGGGCCAGGCCAGACGAGCGCGAACACCAUCUUUGGCAGCGGCUCCUCGACACUGAAGCUGAGCUGCGUACUUUGCGUUCUCAGCAGGCCAAUGAGAUGAAGGAGAUGGACAGCUACGUGGCACAUAUCCGCUUGCUGCUACAACAACGCGAGUGCGUGACUGCUGGCUAUGAGAGGGACAAUGAACAGCUACAACAAGAACUACUCCGUAUCAGACAGCAACAAGAGAUUCAGAGCAAGGAGCUGGCUGAGAUGUUGGCUCAGGAAGAUCUUGGAGAGAUGGGUUUGAGUAGCCCUAGUGAGCAGGUGGCAUACUUAUUGGUGGAAAGAGCAACACUGCUGGAGAGGUUAGAGGCUGCAGAAAGGAGGCUUGAGAGUCACAGCUUGUCAGGCAGCAUAAAAGAUGUCCCAAUCCAGGGUUCUUCACAAACUCCAUGGAAGAAGCUGUUUGGGCUACGCAAGUCUGCUCAGAACAAAAACAAUAUUACCCCUGCUCACAGUGAGGAGCUGUCCCGCGAGCAACAUGAGCGACGACGACUGGAGCGUGACUUGGAGGAGGCAUCGAGCAGGCUGGAGAUGGCUCAUCAGGAAAUCCGAAGGCUCAACAAUGAGCUGGAUGUGUCCAAAACCAACAGCCUCGACCCCUGUGAGUCUGAGCUUCAGGAAACACUCCAAGAACUUGAAAUUCUAAAGAAAGAAGUGGACAAACUGAAACAGUGUGAUGUGAUUAAGCUCCAGCGAGCCAAAGAACAAAGUGACAGACUGGAUACUGAUAACAGAAGUCUGAUAGAGAGAGUGCACAUUUUAGAAUUGGAGAAAAAUAAUCUUCUUGAGCUUUUGGAAACAAGGAAUACCGACCAAAACAUUGUCCUGAAAGCAGAUGGGAGGCAAAACAACAAUUGCACGGAACUUCAAAACAACAUUUAUGGCUUUUCGACUAAAGAAUCAGAUCCAACUCACAAACACUGUCAUGCAGUGAACGAGGACAGAAUAGUUCAGGUGAGAGAGUUGGAGCGUCAACUUCUGAGACUUCGUAAGGAGCAGGAGGAGAUGGAGGAGAGAAACGAGGAGCUGGAGGCUCUACUCGGCGAGGCCCAGAAUGCCAGCAAGGAGGAGAGGCUUCGCCAUGAUGGAGAACUGGAGGGUUUACAUCGACGGAUCAAAAGCCUUGAGGGGGACUUGAAGAAGCAGGAAACUCAAGAAAAACUCUUGAAUAAUGGAGAAGAGAUCAAAACCACAGAAUCCCUCUUACAGCUGCACUUACGGGACAGCGGCCCAGAGAGACUGGCGUUGCUGGAAGCUCGGCUGACUGAGGAAAAAGACUGGCGGAAACAACUAGAGCUCGACCUAAGUGCUGCUCAGGCUGCCUUAAAAAAAGACAAGGAGGCUUUGCAGAUCGGUGAAAGAGAGCUGAAGAAGUUGAAACUUGAGAUCAACAGCCUCCAGACUGAAUGUCAACAAGGGAAAACGCUUAUCAAGGGUCUCACCCAAGUCAAGGGGGAAAAGGCAGCUCUGGAGGAGAAGUUAGCUCAGACGGAACGAGCUCACCGUCGACUCCAGAGUGAGCUGGAGCAUCUCAAAGACAGUAACCAAAGCAAAAAGGACUUGCGGUAUAACAGAGUACCAGUGGACCAACUGCAGGAGCAGGCGAACCACCUGACCAAAGAACUAAGUAGCCUUCAGAUGGAACACAACACGCUCAGAGAUGAGAUGGCUUCUGAGCGCCGGCAGGCAGCUGAACUGCAGGCCAAACUGAGUGACACUGUCCAGAAGAAGCUUGUGGUCGAAGGAGAAAGAGAGAAACUAGAGCUUGAGCUACAACGCCUCAAGGAACAACUUCAGCAUCAUCAGGAACAUCUCUGUUUGGCAAAUGAAGCGUUAAGGAAUAACCCGAAGUCGCCUCCAUUGGAGUUAGGUUUUGGUCCUGUGGAGAAGACCAAAGAGAAAUGUUUGGAUCAGUCUUUGGGAAUGGCCCUGCAGCAGAAGGCAGAAGAGAAUAAACACUUAAAGCAGGAUCUACAAAGAGUGCAGAACCUUUUCACCUCAGCCGAACGAGAACUACGCUAUGAAAGGGAAAAGAACGUGGACCUAAAGAGGCACAACACUCUCCUUGACAAUGAAAAACUUAAGCUUUCUGCGGAACUGAACCAGCUGCAGACGAAGAUGAUUCAGAUGGAACAGAGUCUUCACACUCAAACUACUGGUUCAGAACGUCACCAGCAAAAAAUCAGGGAGCUGGAGCUGGAGCUUGCAUGCAACGACGCCAAUCGCAACACCACCAAAGGUCUUCAAGAGGAGUUGCAGGCAGAGAGAGCGCGGGUCAAUACUGCUGACAAAAAGGUGGUGGAACUGCAGCAGCAGCUCAAUGCGACACAGCACCAGCUGCGAAUGGUGGAAGCUCGGGCCAGCGAGAGCAGCCGCCUGGAACGUGACAGCAAAGAUCUAUCUGACACCUUGUCCUCCCUGAAAGCUCAACAGCAAGAGGACCACAUUAAAAGGAAGCUCUUAGAGCAGCGUGAGGAAGAGCUCCAGCAACAAAUACGGUCCCUUAGAUUAAAGGAGGCUACGCUCACCAGGACCAAUGUGGAGUUAAGCCAUCGAGCACAACAGCUGGAUGUAGAACUCAACAAGGCCCAGGAUGAGAUAAGAGAUGACAAAGCUGCUUGUCGCCAACUGAAGGAUGAUCUCGCAGCCAGUCAGCUCGAGUGUGACAGAAUGCAGGGAGAGCUCAAACAGGUUUUUCUGCAACUGAACACACACGUCAGGAAGUACAAUGAAAAACAGAGUCGACAAAAGACCAGAUUGAAUCAGGCCAAGCAGGUCUUUCUCCAAGCCACUGCACAGCGGGACAGCACCAUCCAAAAACUGGAGAAUGACUUAGCCCUGGCCGCCAGUCUCUCGCAAAAGGCAAAGGAAAGCAUUCAUAAUGUGAUGGAGGAAAAUGAGAAGCUUCUGGAAGAGAAGAGGAGGUUGUUGCUGAAGAUCAGCGAGGCAGAAGAAAUGGGCAGCAAUGGAAUGAGAGUGGCAUCUACUGUCCAACACAGGGUUAAUGCCUUAGAAGCAGAAAAUGGCCGACUUCAGGCUCAAACGCUAAGGCUGUCCAAUCAGGUCAGUUCCUUGGAGCGUGCCUUGAGGAAUGCCCAAUGCUUCAACAGCAAUGAGAAUUCCAAGAAAGUUUUUUGUGACAGCGCUCUGCAAACAUCUAAUUUAAGCCCCACGUCCGGUUCCUAUGACCCUUGGGAGUUGUUAGAAGUAAUCUCCCGCUACAAGUCUGAGCACGUAUCGGAGGGUACGCGGGAAUUGGUCUCCACGCAGCAGCCAUCAGAACAAGGCUACCUGAAUCUUGUUUCCCCGCUGUUUCCUCCUGACACGACACUCGCCAGUCGAAAUAGCUGUGACGGUCCGUGACAGCUACCAGAAGCUGACAGGGACAAGGCAAAGGUUUACAUGUAAGUGGAAUCAAAAUACUACAAAAAUAGUAGUCAUGGUAAUAAUCAAUUCUUAUCAGCUGAAAAACCAGUACCAUGUACUACCAGUCCAGGGACACGCUCCAGCAUGGAUGAUCAAUGGCUGACUAAUAACAAUAUACCAUCAUAAUGACCAAGGAAUUGUACUGCAGUCAUGGUGGAGUAUGAAAACAACAGAUUCUUAUUACCCUUUGAUCAUAAUGGAAACAGAUAGGACAAAAUAUGUCAGGCCAGUGAAUGUUGGAAUCUGACUCAAGAUUCAAAACUGAGCACUUUAUUAAAUGUUUCUGCAUGUUUACAUUCAGGAAAAUGUAGCCUUUGGAUGUGAACUAUUUGCAUCCCAACACUUGUUAAACUUUGCCAAUAAUGACAAUAAUAAUAGUUAAUUUGUAAUUGUAUGUUAUUUUGCCAAUGUUAUUCCGUUUAUAGAUAGUGCUGUGGCCUUUUUAAAAGCCUGUUUUUAUCAAAGCCAUUUUAUGCGCCGGCCAGCCACACAUUCAGACCACCUGCACAUUGAUGUCCAAUAAAAGAGCUGCAUAAAAUAUUGUGCUUAAAAUGGUAUUCACUGUUAUAUGUUAACUAACAGAACUUCAGCACUUUCUGAGCUGAUGAAUCAGUGUUCAUAUAUACUAGUCUUUCUCAAAAAAUUAGCAUAUUGUGAUAAAGUUCAUUAUUUUCUGUAAUGUACUAAUAAACAUUACUCUUAUAUUUUAGAUUCAUUACACACAACUAAAGUAGUUCAAGCCUUUUAUUGUUAUAAUAUUAAUAAUUUUGGCAAAAAGUCAAGAAAAACCAAAAAUCCCUAUCUCAGAAAAUUAGCAUAUCAUGAAAAGGUACUCUAAAGAAGCUACUAAUCUAAUCAUCUGAAUCAACGAAUUAACUCAGACCACUGUGAAAGAUUCCUGAGUCUUUUAAAAACUCCCAGCCUGGUUCAUUACUCAAAACCGCAAUCAUGGGCAAGACUGCCGACCUAACUGCUGUCCAGAAGGCGAUCAUUGACACCCUCAAGCAAGAGGCUAAGACACAGAAAGAAAUUUCUGAGCGAAUAGGCUGUUCCCAGAGUGCUGUAUUAAGGCACCUCAGCGGGAAGUCUGUGGGAAGGAAAAAGUGUGUCAGGAAACGCUGCACAACCAGAAGAGGUGACCUGAAAAAGAUUGUGGAGAAGGGCCGAUUCCACACCUUGGGGGACCUGCAGAAACCUGGAAAUGGGCUACAGGUGCCGCAUUCCCUAGGUCAAGCCACUUUUGAACCUGAAACGGCGGCAGAAGCGCCUGACCUGGGCUACAGAGAAGCAGCACUGGACUGUUGCUCAGUGGUCCAAAGUACUUUUUUCAGUUGGAAGCAAAUUUUGCAUGUCAUUCGGAAAUCAAGGUGCCAGAGUUUGGAGGAAGACUGGGGAGAAGGAAAUGCCAAAAUGCCUGAAGUCCAGUGUCAAGUACCCCCAGUCAGUGAUGGUCUGGGGUGCCAUGUCAGCUGCUGGUGUUGGUCUACUGUGUUUUAUCAAGGGCAGGGUCAAUGCAGCUAGCUAUCAGGACAUUUUGGAGCACUUCAUGCUUCCAUCUGCUGAAAAGCUUUAUGGAGAUGGAAGAUUUCAUUUUUCAGCAUGACCUGGAACCUGCUCACAGUGCCAAAACCACUGGCAAAUGGUUUACUGACCAUGGCAUUACUGUGCUCAAUUGGCCUGCCAACUCUCCUGACCUGAACCUCAUAGAGAAUCUGUGGAAUGUUGUGAAGUUGAGAGACACCAGACCCAACACUGUGGAUGAGCUUAAGGCCACUAUCGAAGCAUCCUGGGCCUCCAUAACACCUCAGCAGUGCCACAGGCUGAUUGCUUCCGUGCCACGCCGCAUUGAAGCAGUCAUUUCUGCAAAAGGAUUCCUGACCAAGUAUUGAGUGCAUAGCUGAUAUAAUUAAUUGAAGGUUCUUUUUUUGUAUUAAAAAAUACUUUUUAGUAUUGGUCACUGGUCAGAUGAAAUAUGCUAAUUUUUUUAGAUAGGGAUUUUUUUUUUUUGUUGUUGACUUUUUUGCCAAAAUCAUCAAUAUUAAAACAAUAAAAGGCUUG